CGUAAGCAUAUGAGACUUGCACUUGGCGCAUUGUUCACUGCGUUUAACGCUGCUCACCGAUUUGUUGCUAUUUGGCUCCGCACUAGAACCAUUCUGCACGCCCCAAGCGUUUAACUAAUCGCAGGUGCAAAACUUUGUCAUUGUAGUGUUGAUAUACAGUGCUGAUUCAAUACACCUUUACGAGGGCGCGGCAGCUGGGCGCGCCACUUCCGAGCCACGCGAUAGUGCAGGAACAGGAUCCUGAACUUUUAGGAUGGCGCAAAAGCUUUCAAAUAUACUACUCAUGAGGUACCGGCUGUCCAAGCUCAAGGACGCGACCGAGGAGUUCCUUCAUUCCGUGUUCCGGGCCAACACCUACCAGGCCGGCCGGCUGCCCGGCGCCGACGACCACGACCCCCAUGACCGCGCCAGCAGCGGCACAGCCGCCAGCAGCACCAGUGGCGGCGGCGGCGCAGGCACCGGCCCGGGUGUGAGCGGCGUGGUUCGUGCGGCCUACCGGCGGGCCCUGGCGGUUUACGAGCAACCGCUAACGGAACACAUGAUGAUCACGGGGCCGGCCAUGGCGCCAACCAUCAACCGACACGGCAUCAAGGACCCGGCGGCCUCCGAGCGGCUGGUCAUUCGGCUUCUGCGGCACCCCAGCCCCCGCAAUGUGCUGGUGGGUGACGUGGUGGCCUUCCACUCGCCACUGGCCACACUGGACGACACCCACCACAUCAUGGUGCGGCGGGUGGCGGCGGUGGAGGGUCAGGAGAUGGUGAGCAGCAGCGACGCCGAGCCCCCCUUCAUCAUUCCCGCCGGCCACUGCUGGGUGCUGGCAGACAACACACACCUGCGGGUGGAGGACGGCGAGGUGAUUGACUCGCGCUCCUACGGCCACAUCCCCUACUCCAACGUCAUUGGUCGUGUGGUGUACGCCGCCGCCUCGCGCCACGACCACCGCCCCGUCACCAACAACCCCGAGCACGGCAGCGAGGGGGCGCUGCUGGGCGCGGGCGAAGACGAGGCGGUGGUGGCGGCGGAGGUGGAUGUGGAGGGCAUGUUUGAUGAGGGGGAGGAGGAGGAGGAAGAGGAGGAGGAGGAGGAGGAGGAGGGGGAGCAGCAGGUGGAGGGGGAGGAUGAGGAGGACAGGGAGCGCGCGCGGCGGAAGCGGGAGCGGGAGCGGCAGGCGCAGAAGCCGGACCCCGCGGCGCGGCUGCGAAAGCAUGACGAGGAGGAGGGGGCGGAGGAGGGGGCGGAGGAGGGGGCGGCGGCGGCUGGGCGGCAGCAGCCCCAGCAGCCGCAGCCGCCCCAGCAGCAGCAGCCCCAGCAGCAGCAGCAGCAGCAGCAACAGCAGGGAGGCAAGGAGGUGGCGCCUGAGGGGCGCGACAGUGGGGCGGAGGGGCAGGGGCAGGGGCAGAAGCCGGGGGCGGGAACAGGCGUGGGCUUGGGCGGGAGAGCCGGGGAGGAGGCGGGCGCUGAUGGCAGCCGAGGGGCAGGGGCCGCGCGGGGAAGCGGCGGCAGCGGGAAGGCGGCGGCAGGGAAGGACACGCCGCAAUGAGGUGGUCAGGCGGUCAGCUGGCGGCUGGUGGCACAUGGGUGGGCCCUGUGAGGGGGGGGGGCGCCAAGCCCGGUCGCGCCCCGCAUGAUGCGCACCAGUAUGUGAUGUGCUCAAUGAAGC